GAUGACGGACGGGGCAUCCCUAUUGAAACUCAUCCCAAAACUAAAAUGAGCGUUUUGAGAACCAUUUUUGAGGUUCUUCAUUCAGGAGGAAAGUUCGACAACAAAGCCUACAAAACUUCCGGUGGACUACAUGGGGUAGGGGUGACGGUGGUUAAUGCUCUCUCUAAAACUUUACAUGUAGAAAGUAGCCGUGAAGGAAAGACCGAAACCAUAAUUUAUGAACAAGGAAAAUUAACUUCUUCGCAAAUUACUGACACUCCCGAACGAAGUAACGGCCUACUGGUAGAAUUUACUCCCGAUGCAGAAAUUUUCAAGGAAUUUACCUAUUUCAAAGUAGAAACCAUUCAGCGACGUUUAAAAGAAAUAGCCUAUUUAAAUCCUAAUCUUACCUUAUAUUUUGCUACUUCUCCCACGGCCGAACGAAUCGUAGUGAGCGAGGAAAAAGCCUCGGAAUAUUUCCAAUUAAGUCUGGCUUUUCAGUAUCAGGACAGUUAUGACAAAAAUAACAUUCGUUCUUUCUGUAACAAUAUUCGCACCGGUGGCGGUGGUUCCCAUGUUAGCGGCUUUGAGAGUGGUCUUUUUGAAAUUUGCAAAGAAUUAGUCAUCAAGGAUAAUCCCAAUUUAGAAAUUGAGACGAGCGAUAUUUUGGUAGGUUUAACAUCGCUGGUAUCGGUUCGCAUUAAAAACCCUGAAUUUGCCGGACAAACCAAAGACCGAUUGGCUAAUCGGGAAGUCCGCGAAAAAACCAAAAAAUUGACCCAAGAAUUAAUAAGCGGUUUUUUUCAAGACAAUGCUGCCACGGCUAAAAUUAUUAAGGAGAAGAUUAUCGAUAACGCUAAAUUGCGACUACACUUGAAAGAAGAGCAAGAUAUUUUUCAAGGUGGAAAAAAAACGCUUGACUUAGUAAAAGUAUUAUCCGGUUCGGAAGAAAACGAAGAAAUAUUUUUUGUCGAAGGUAAAUCGGCGGGUGGUAGUGCUGAAGAAGGUCGGGACGUUAAAACCCAGACCGUUCUCGCUCUCCAAGAAAAACAAGUGCUUGAUGAAGAAUUAACUUUGCCGGAAGAGUUUGUUUACGAAGAAGAAGGCAAAAAAAAGGCAAUUGCGGCCGAUACUCCACUUAAUUUAGGGCAAGUAUCCAUUAUUGUUCGAGAAACUCUCAAAAGUUUAUUAGGCAAAUCCAAUUUUCGAAAAAUCAUUUUGAUGGCUGACCCGGACGACGACGGAGCACAUAUCGUUAUCUUAUUAGUAACUUUUAUUUUCAAACACUUGCCUUAUUUAAUUGAAGGGGGAAAAUUAUUUGUAGCAGUACCUCCACUUUAUCGAGUCCAAGCCAGAAAGCAGAUCCAUUAUUUUUAUAGCGAUCAAGAAUUAGAAACUUAUUUGAAAGACCACCCUCGCGAAGAACGAAAAAUUGAGCGGAUUAAAGGUUUAGGACAGAUAGACGCUUCGGAAUUAUUUGAAAGCACCAUGGACCCUGAAAGACGGCGUUUGUAUAACGUAAAUAUUGCUAACUGGACCGAGGACGAGCAAAUAAUCCGGGGGCUAAUGGGAACCAAGAGCGACAAACGUAAAGAAUACUUGGAAAAGAGGAGUUAUCGAGAAGCUACUUUAACUAUCAGUGAAGACCAAAAAAUUGAUAUGGGGCACUUGGCUUUGGUUAAUUUUCUCCGUUAUGCCUACGCCGUGGUCGAGGAUCGGGCCUUGCCAAAUGUACACGAUGGUUUAAAGCCCGUACAACGCCGAAUCCUUUUCGCUCUCUACCAACUAGGAAUUACUCCCAACAAAGCCGAAACAACUUCGGCUAAUAUUGUGGGUAAAACUAUGUCUGAUUGGCACCCCCAUGGUGACCAAGGUAUUUACAACGCUAUGACGAACAUGGUGCGGGCUGAUAAACUUCGGUAUCCAUUAGUUUAUGGUCGGGGCAAUUUUGGUUAUGACAAAAAUCCUCCGGCAGCUAUGCGUUAUACUAAGGGCAAAGAAGAACCGGUUAUUUUGCCAACUAGCCUGCCCAAUUUGUUAUUAAACGGAUCCAGCGGCAUUGCGGUGGGAAUGACUGCUAAUCUUCCUCCUCAUAAUUUAGGAGAAACUUUGACAGCCACUAUCAACUUAAUUCGUAAUCCGGAUUUAAUUUCUAUUCAGAAAUUACAGACAGACUUACAGAGUAAGAAUCAGCAAAUCAUCGCUACUGAUUUUAAAAGGGAAGAAACAGAAAAUGCUGCGUCUAAACAAUUAAUUGAGGAACAGUAUAAUAGCCUAAUUACCGAAAGAAAAAAAAUCGAAGAAGAUCUCCUUCAAUUAAAAAAGAAAAUUAAUCAAGAAUUAGUUCACGAUUUAAAAGGACCCGACUUCCCCGGUGGUGGCUAUGUUUUAGAGAAAGAAAAAUUACCUAGCAUUUACGAAAAAGGCGAAGGCACUAUUCAUUUACGGGCCAAGGCUCAAAUUUUGUCGCCCCAAGAAGUCAAACUUGGCCGAGAAAUAGCCGGAACAGCAAAAACGGCUCGCAAUAUCAUUUGA